CCCAACACAUGAGGAUGACCUCUCUCUUUCUUUCUUUCUCUCUCUCUCUCUGUUGCAGUUGUUGUUGUUGUUGUUGCAGAGUGAAUCUCCUUCAAUUCCCAAUUCCCAAUUCAAUUGUUAAUUUCUUCAUCUUCUUCUUCAAUAAUCGUCUUCUUCAAUAGUAUUGAUUUGAUGAUGCUGAUGCUGCUGCAUGAUUGUUCUAGUUCCAUAUUGCCUCCCAGGAAGAAGAAGAAUUAUUAUUAUUAAACCUGUCUGGGUGGGUGGGUGUCUAGCAGAUAGAAAUAAUGGAGAAAUCACUUGGACCGAACAAUGACACACUCCUUAAAAUCGGACACAGCACCAUUCUGUGUAUGGACCUCAACACCAUCACCGGUGGAUUCGGCGUUCACAAUCCCCUCGACUUCACCGCCUCUCUCCUUCUCGUCCAGCUCUCCCUCAUCUCCAUCGUCUCUGUUCUCAUCGACGUCUGCCUCCAACCUCUUGGCCAGUCCAGCAUCGUCGCACAAAUCAUAGGAGGUAUACUCGUCGGACCCUCCGGACUCGGCUACGACAAGGAUGUAGCAUUGGCCUUGUUCCCUCCCAGGAACACCAUGGUAUUGGACACAAUCGCCGCCUUUGGAAUCAUGUACUUCUUCUUCUCCAUCGGCGUUAAGAUGGACGUUACCAUGAUGUUCCGCCCGGGGAAGGUAGUACCCGUUAUCGGUUUAUCCUUAAUCUUAUUCACCAUGUCCUUUUCCAUCUCUUUAGCCCUCAUCAUGAAACACUACAUCCCAAUGGAUGAAUCCCUAUCCCGAGCCAUCACCUUCUACGCCGGUUCUCAAUGGCUAACCGCUCUCCCCAAUCUCGUCUGCCUCCUAACCGAAUUGAAGAUCGCUAAUGCAGACCUCUCCCGUCUCGCACUCUCCAUCGCCAUGUUCAAUGACAUGCUUGGAAUCGCAUGCAUCAUAGGUGGAAUCGCCUUCAUCGAGAGCACCAGCGCCUUACAGACCGCUGUCAUUUUUCUAUCUACCGCCGCUAUGAUCGUCAUCAUCGUCAUAGCUUUCCGCCCGUUGGUCUUGUGGAUACGAAAACGAGUUGUCAAAGACGACAAGGGUGUCCAGGAAUGGCACCUGGUCCUCCUCUUCGUCUGCGUCCCGGUCACCGCCCUUCUCACGGAGUUGGUAGGCCAACAUUAUAUCUUAGGACCGUUGAUAUUAGGACUUCUAGUUCCGGACGGCCCACCGCUUGCCUCCGCCAUUGAAGCCAAGCUUGACCUUUUCAUUACGAGACUGCUUUACCCAACGUAUCUGACGGUCAGCGGACUCAACACGAACGUUUUCACGAUUAAGGGAGAAUCUGCAUGGAUUCUUGCGGUGUUAACUCUGUUCUCCUGUUUGAUUAAGACCGGAAGCGUCAUGUUACCCGCCUAUUUCGUUGGAAUUCCAUUGCAAGAAGCUUUUGUUCUUGGGCUCAUGCUUAAUGCAAGAGGAGUUAGCGAGCUGAUUCUUUACAACUUUUGGAAUGAUAGCAAGCUGAUGACAGAAGGAGACUUCACGGUGGCAGUGCUAAUGGUGAUAGCGGUGACAGGCAUCAUAACGCCGCUUUUAAGGCGGCUCUACGAUCCGUCGAAGAUUCAGAUUCCUCUGAAACGAAGAAAUAUACAGCAAACAAAGGCAGGGACGGAGUUGAGUAUGAUGGUUUGCAUAUUUGAACAAGACAACGUUCCAACCAUGGUCAAUCUCCUGGAGGCCUCCAACGCAACGCGGGAGAAUCCUAUCGCCGUUACGAACCUUCUCCUUGUGGAAUUGGUGGGGAGGGCAAUGCCAACGCUCGUAGCUUACGAUCCGCAAAACCCUCCCCCUAAUAAUAGCUCAGCCGCAGUCAUCAAUGCAUUCCAUCAGUACGAGAUGUACAAUGAAGGAUGCGCCAGCGUUCGGACUUUCACAGCUAUAUCUCAACUCGACAUGAUUCACGAAGAUAUCUGCCGUGUAGCCAUCGAUCAGAACUCCACUAUUAUUAUCCUGCCUUUCCACAAACAUUGGGCGAUCGACGGAACGAUUGGAUCAGCUAAUCGAGUUAUACAAGCUAUGAAUGUCAAAGUUUUAGAACGCGCUCCUUGUUCGGUCGCGAUAUUAGUCGAUCGGGGUGGUUUGCACGGCACGUUGUCAAUCCUCAAUAAUCAAUCAAGUUACCACGUCGGCGUCCUGUACAUUGGCGGCGCCGACGACAGCGAAUCGUUAUGCUACGCAGCUCGGAUGGCAAACCACGAGAGCGUUGUUCUCACCCUAGUUCGAUUCCUUCAUUUUGGAGGCGACAAUGCUCGGGAACGUAAAGUUGACAAUGAGUUGAUCAGCGAGGUCCGGCGAGCACACGCCGGCAAUGAGGGAUUCUCGUAUCGAGAAGAGCUUGUAAAGGAUGGAGUGGGAUUAGCUGCGUGUAUUGGAGGGCUGGAGAGUUGCUUCGAUUUGAUUAUAGUCGGAAGGAGCCAUCCGGAUUCUACAUUGAUGGUGGGACUGGAAGAAUGGAGUGAGUGUCCGGAACUAGGAGUGAUCGGCGAUAUAUUGGCGUCGCCGGAUGCAAACAGUACGUCAUCGGUGUUGGUGGUGCAACAACAGAGAAUGAUAGGAGGAAAGUUAAUAAAUCGCGCAUCCAAAAACGUAGCGGAUAGAGAUUCAAUUUUGAUGCAGCCUGUCCCGGCACCGGUUGGCGAUCAUAACGACGCUACUUGGGCGAUUGCGAUGGAUAGAAGUUGAUCCAAAGUGUCUGUUUAGUGAUAGAAUUGUAGUAUAUAAAUUUUGUAUAUAAUUUGUAGUCUUUUUGACUAUUAAAUU